AUGUGUUAUAUUUGUUCUAUACGUUACAUGUGCUCUAUGGGUUCUAUGUGUUACAUGUGCUCUAUAGGUUCUAUAUGGUACAUGUGUUCUAUUUGUUUAAUAUGUUACAUGUGUUCUCUGGGUUCUAAUUGUUCUAUAUGUUACGUGUGCUCUAUGUGUUCUAUUUGUUCUAUAUGUUACAUGUGUUCUAUAUGUUCGAUAUGGUACAUGUGUUCUAUGGGUUUUAUACGUUACAUGGGUACUAUACAUUGCAUUUGUUGUAUAGGUUCUAUACAUUACAUGAGUUCUAUACGUUACAUGUGUUCUAUAGGUUCUGUACGUUACAUGUGUUCUAUAGGUUCUGUACCUUACAUGUGUUCUAUAGGUUCUAUAUGUUACAUGUGUUCUAUGGGUUCUAAUUGUUCUAUAUGUUACAUGUGUUCUAUGGGUUAUAAUUGUUCCAUGUGUUACAUGUGUUCUAUAGGUUCAAUAUGGUACAUGGGUUCUAUGGGUUCCAAACAUUACAUGGGUUCUAUAUGUUACAUGUGUUCUAUGGGUUCUAUACUUAACAUGGGUUCUAUGGGUUCCAAACGUUACAUGGGUUCUAUAUGUUACAUGUGUUGUAUAGGUUCUAUACGUUGCAUUUGUUCUAUGGGUUACAAGUGCUCUAUAGGUUCUGUACGUUACAUGUGUUCUAUGGGUUCUGUACGUUACAUGUGUUCUAUAGGUUCUGUACCUUACAUGUGUUCUAUAGGUUCUAUAUGUUACAUGUGUUCUAUGGGUUCUAAUUGUUCUAUAUGUUACAUGUGUUCUAUGGGUUAUAAUUGUUCCAUGUGUUACAUGUGUUCUAUAGGUUCAAUAUGGUACAUGGGUUCUAUGGGUUCCAAACAUUACAUGGGUUCUAUAUGUUACAUGUGUUCUAUGGGUUCUAUACUUAACAUGGGUUCUAUGGGUUCCAAACGUUACAUGGGUUCUAUAUGUUACAUGUGUUGUAUAGGUUCUAUACGUUGCAUUUGUUCUAUGGGUUACAAGUGCUCUAUAGGUUCUGUACGUUACAUGUGUUCUAUGGGUUCUAUUUGUUCUAUACGUUACAUGUGUUCUAUAGGUUAUAUACGUUACAUGGGUUCUAUGGGUACCAAACGUCACAUGGGUUCUAUAUGUCACAUUUGUUCUAUGGGUUCUAUACAUAACAUGGGUUCCAAACGUUACAUGGGUUCUAUACGUGUUUUCUAUGGGUUCUAUACGUUACAUGUGUUACAUGGGUUCUAUAUGGUACAUGUGUUCUAUGGGUUCUUUAUGGUACAUGUGCUCUAUAGGUUCUAUAUGGUACAUGUGCUCUAUUUGUUCCAUAUGUUACAUGUGUUCUCUGGGUUCUAA